AUGAUGGCCGAUUCGCCUUCUUCAUCGUCACCUCCACCCUCCGCACCUCCGCCCCGCAAUACCCCAGCCGCCAGCUCGCUCCGCCGCCGGGGCCUCCCUGCGCGCGCCGCCACUUUUAUAGAAGGCCACUCGACUGACUGGGCGCAGCGCCGCAAUUCAACCUUGUCUGACUCGAUAUCUGAGGCGCGCAACUCUAUUCGAUCGUCCACUGAUGACUUGUUUCUCCCGCGAGUCACUAGGGAUCAAGAUGACCCCAUUGCCUCGGAGGAAUCGCAUUGGCAUUCUGCACCGCUAGUGUUGGCGCUUUUACCUGCUAUCGCGGGAAUUUUCUUUCGAGAUGGAAGCUCUUUUGUGACGGAUGUGACCUUAUUAGUGCUGGCCGCUAUUUUUCUCAAUUGGUCCGUUCGAUUGCCAUGGGACUGGUAUCGCUCAGCACAGGCGGUUCAACGAGAGAGUGAUAGCUUUGAUCCUGUCGCAGAAGAACUCGCCGAGGUUGAUGAGAACGAAGAAGCCAUAGACUCGCAUCACGACAACCAAAAACGCGAGAAGCACCUACGAGCAGCAGCAGAAGCAAAAGCCAUCAAAGAACUCCAGAUCCACGAGCUAAUAGCCCUCGGAUCCUGCUUCGUCUUUCCAGUCAUUGGCACCUGGCUCCUACACGCCAUCCGAUCUAGCCUAUCCCGACCCUCGGAAGGUCUUGUCUCAAACUAUAACCUCACCAUAUUCCUCCUUGCAUCCGAGAUACGCCCAUUCGCCCACCUCCUCAAGCUCGGGCAAGCACGUACUCUCCACCUCCAACGCGUCGUAUCAUCAAGCCACGAAGAAGAAGUCAACGCUGAGAAAGUCCGCGAUCUCAGCAAGCGCCUAGAAGAACUAGAAGCGCACGUCGCCGAAGCCGCUGCAUCCCGUCUCGCCUCGUCAUCUUCCCAGGAUCCAAAGGAUAGUCCGGACCUUAUCACGCAGGCCGUGGUAGAAUCCCGGCGAGCCCUCAACCCAGACAUCGAAGCUCUUAAUCGCGCAGUGCGCCGCUACGAGAAGCGCACCGCGCUCACAUCCCUCCAAACGGAUAUCCGCUUCCAACAACUGGAGGCGCAAACUCGCGACGCAAUUGCCCUCGCGGCGGCUGCGCAGCGCGCUAGCUUGAAUCGUCGCCAGAGCUAUGUUUUCACUCUCAUUGAUUGGGCUUGCGCUUGUAUUGUCGUCCCUGCUCAGAUCGCCCUGUCUAUCUUCAACCUCCCCGGUCGUAUUGUUAGUCGUUGUUUACUCGCUGCGCAGCGGAUACUUGGUCUGAAACGACCGAGUCCCCAACCGCGGUCGAAAAAUAGUAAAGGAAAGUCUAGAGCGGUGACUGGAUCAAAGUAUGCAUCGCAAGGCCUACCCCCUAAAGCACCGGCCGCUUCUCCGAUGAGAAACCCGCAGCAGCAACAACAACAACAACAGCAACAGUCAUUUGAAUCUAUAUGGGGUGCUGCGCGGUAG